AUUACUAAAAAGAUGAAGAUAGAUAAUAAAAAAAAAACAGUGCAUUCUCCUCCCCACAAAAUCAUUGUACAAACAAUUAUCAUCACUUACCUUCUUCCUAAGCUCCUAUCGAGUCACGAGAGAGAUUCUGGUGUGACAACUUGGCAAUGUCGAGUAAGCUUAUCCAGCCACCAACAUCAAUAGCAGCCUCAGGAAGAGCAAUCUCAACAAGAACACCAAACGCGAAGGUGUUAGUUUCUUUCAGCAAUCACAAUGGCAAAACGAUGAGUUUUAGUGACAACCCAAUUCGUCUCAGACCCAUGUUCAUCGGCAAAGUCACAGAACAGAGCAGCUCUUGUUCCUCCACAAACGAACAACAAGAAGAAGAAGAAGUAAGAACAGUUUCACAGAUUAAAGAAGAGCUCUACGAAGCUCUUAAAGGGAUAAACAGAGGUAUAUUCGGAGUUAAAUCGGAUAACAAAGCAGAGGUCGAAGGGUUGGUGAAGCUUCUUGAAUGUAGGAAUCCGACGCCAAAGCCGACCGGAGAGCUAGACAAGAUCGGAGGUUGUUGGAGACUCAUUUACAGUACAAUCACUGUGUUGGGUUCUAAAAGAACCAAAUUGGGUCUUCGAGAUUUCGUCUCUCUCGGUGAUCUUCUUCAACAGAUCGACAUUGCUCAGGGCAAAACGGUCCAUGUGUUGAAAUUUGAUGUCCGGGGACUGAAUCUACUCGACGGCGAGUUUAGAAUCGUCGCUUCUUUCAAGAUCUCAUCCAAAACGAGUGUUGAGAUAACUUAUGAAAGCUCAACGAUCAAGCCAGACCAGUUGAUGAACAUUUUCAGGAAAAACAUGGAUCUUCUUUUGGGGAUCUUCAACCCUGAAGGAUUAUUUGAGAUUUCAUAUUUAGAUGAAGAUAUACAAGUAGGGAGAGAUGGGAAAGGAAAUGUAUUUGUUUUAGAGAGAACAGAGUAAACCCUUAAAUAAAUACAAAAAUAAUAAAAUGUUUUACAUUCGUUUUUCAAAAUCCCGUUUCCCAUAAGAAGAAGUUGCUUGUUCCUCAAGAAUUUUUUCAACCUUUUUCCUUUGAUUUGGUUAAUGUUAUGUUAUCUAUGCCAUCAGUAUUUCCUCUAGCAGUGUUGCAGGGGUGCUUUGGCUUUUUUCUCUUUUUGGUGGGAUUUUUUUUGAAACACACAAAUCUAGAUUAGUUUUUUUUUUUCUUUUUUUUUGUCUUGGGAAUAUUUGUUACAGUUUAUUUCAUUAUUGGCAUCAGUCAUUGUUCAAUAAUACUAUAUAACUUACUAUUUAGCUUGAUCUCAUUUGUGUAUAACUGUAUAAUAAUGUAUAACUCUAAUGGAUUUUAGAGAUUUUUCUUGUUCAUC